AAGUCCACAUCACAAACUAUUAAGAACGAUGAUUAUUUCUCGUUGCAGCGGCACUCCCCGCAUGGCCCGCAGCGAGGUGACAGGAUCUCGACUGAGUGUCGGCAGCACUAACCCGUUCGAUGAAGAUGGACCUGUGCCGCCGGUGCGAACGCGCCGCAAGAAGAAACGGGCACCACUGCCUCCACAUGCGCCGCCCGGUUUAGAUGUAUCGGUAACGAGUGAAAAUUCUGAGCUGCAUAUUAGUGAAACCGAUGAUAGUAAAUUGUCUCAACCAGACGUAGAAUUAGAAUCCGAAGACACCAACCUCGAUGUCGAAUUAAAAAUUGUUGAAGAUGAAGACAUUAAGCAAUCAGAUGUGAUAAUUGCCAGUCCAAAUGAUGAUACCAAAGAUAGUGAGUCUGUAACAGAUCAUACUCAAGAAACACCAAAGGCCGAAACCGAUGAAAUAGUACAUCGGGUAGAAGAAAAUCCCGAAUUGAAGGCGGAAACCAUAAUGAAAGGUUCUGAUUCUGAAGACGACAUUCUAUCCAAAGCCUCCUUCCCAAAAAUAGACAUAGUGAAAUAUCGAAGAAACUCUAGCGUAAAUGAUGACGACAUUAGGCUUCGACGUGGAAAUUUAGAAGACUAUCAUGCACUGACGAACAAACGGAGUAAGAGUUUAACUAAUGCUCUAGAUUCCAGUUACGCUAGUUACGACAUAAAUUUGAAUGAAGAUAACACACCUAAAGAUGCUAACGGCAAUGAAGAACCACAAAAAGUUGUAUGCAAAUUUUACGAAGAACCUCGAAGACAAAGCGUCGAUACAGUGUCGAGCACUGAAAAGGAAUUUAUGGAAAUUGAUAGAGCUACUCGAGAGCUAGAAAGGGAAAUAAGUAAACUGAAUUCCGCUCUAAAUGAAGAUGAAGAUGUAACUCAGACAGGCGCGAGAUUGUCGGUUUCAGAUAUAAAAAGAAGAUUUGACAACAAAGACGCUUCAUCACCAAAUCCGAUACCAAAACCUAGAAGAAGUCAUUAUGGGGAUUCUAUUUCACCAGUUAAUGGUAAUAUUUAAUUUUAAGUUCCUUCAAAAAAGAUAUAAUAAAAAUAAAUGUCUAUUAAAAUGAAAUUGGAUCUCAGACUUGGUAAAUUGUGCCUUGAAAACAGGGCUCUAACAACUUGUGUAAUACGUAUAAAAAUACUUUUAUCACCAUUUUUUAACUGCGUUAGUUUAGAACUGACUUUCCGCCAUAGAUGUAACGCGGUUUAGAUUAAGCGUUAAAUGUGAUAGUUGUUUGUUAAUUAUGUGCUUUUAUAGGGAUAAUAUUGUAAUGCAAUUCUAUGUUUUGGGAACCAUAUAAAACUAUUAAUUGAUACGCAUAUUGUGAAUUGUCUUCUUAAGAUGCUUGAAUAUCUGUCUUGGUUUUCAGAGAUUUCAUCUAUUCAUAUUGGGCUGAUUGACUAAUGUCUAAUAGGGGUGUAGACAACUUAUUAUUUUAUGUACAUGAAAAAUAUCUUAAAUAUAGUAUAAAUAAAAAAAUAUAUAAAAUUAAUAUCUAAAAAUAUUUUUCAGUAUAGCAUUGUGAAUGUAAAAUUGAUAAAAUAUAAUUAAUAAAUUUCAUUGUCAAAAUUUCUCAUGAAAACGUCAACUUCUGCCAUGGCGUCGCUAUGACGUCACGGCCCUCUGAAACUAGUAUCGUUAUAUUAUGCAUAAAAUUCAAAUUUUCUAAGUUCUGAUAUGAGUAAGAGGGUCGUGACGUCACGCGCUGUUUACGGUCACGUGACGAGCUUAAAUUAUUUGUUUUUUUAUAAUUAAUUUUACAAAUAUAAUAAGCAUAAAAGUGUGAUUAUCGGUAAAUGUAUAUUAAACACAACCAAAAAAAAAUGAAUUAAUUUCGUUUACUGUCUACACCCGUAUUCCGUGAGUUGUUUGUUCUUAAAUAUUGGAUGUUGAUGUAUAAUAUUGUAUUGUAUAUUGCGAGAAUAGGUCCUUAUCCGAGUGCAAUUCACUAGAGAAAUAGGCUAUAUACCAUUCUUGCAUUUUUUGUGUUUGUUUGCAAAUGGAAAAAGUUAGUUAUAUAAUUCCCAAGUUCCCUUCCCAAGUUCCCAAGUUCUUCCCAAGUUUUUUGUUAUUAUUUCAAUAUGAUUUUAUAUAUGUUAUUUACUACGAACAUCCAAUAAUGAUAAUUACUACAUCAAAUUAUAUUAAAGUUACAGAUUUUGUAGUCGUACAACAUGCUAAAUGAAUGAAAAUGUACAAAAUAUUAAUAAAUUAUAUUAUUUAUGUGUUACCUAGUGAAAAUGGAUAAUUUUAUGCUAUUAAUUGACUCAUUGUCAUAAUAAAUUAUUACUUACAAGAUUAUUAUAUAAAUUAUUCUAUUGUCGCGUUGUUCUUUCAUUUAAAUCCAUAUAAUUAUUAAUAACAUCAUCAUU